AUGCGCGCCGGCUCCCUCCUAACCCAAGAGGUGUGCGAGGUGCUGCUGAGUCAGCUGACGUCCGCCACGCUGCCGGGCCUGCCGCAGCUGCCGCCCUGGCAGCUGCUCCAGCUGCUCAGCGCCGCGGCGGCGCUCGACCCCGCGCUACGGCCCCGCGGCGGCGCGGGCGCGGCACGGCCGCGGCGGGCGGCGGUGCCGGCGCUGCGCGCGGACGGCGGCAUUGAUUCGGCGUUGGGCGGUUCGGGCCCCGGGGCGGCUCUUGGCAGCGGUGUGGGCAGUAUGGGAAGCCUCAGCAGUCUGGGAAGCCUGAGCAGUUUGGGAUCUGCGGAUGAGCUGCAGGGCAACGUGCUGUCGCGGGAGGUGAUCGAGGCGCGCCUGGCGAGCGCCUCCGCGUCGGAGCGCCGCCGCGCGCGCGCGCCGCGCAGCAGCGUCGACCCGCGCUGGCUGGCCGCCUGGCUGGGCGCGGUGCAUGCGCGCGCGGGGGAGUGGCCGCCGCGGCUGCUGGCUGAGGCACUGCUCGGCCUCGCGCGCGCGGGCGCGGCGCCGCCGCCGGCCGCGUGGCAGCGGCGCGUGUUGGGGGAGCUGGAGCGGCGGCGUGCCGAGGGGCGGCUGGCGCCGCGCGGCGCGGCGGCGGUCGCGUGGGCGCUCGCCGCGCUGCAGUCGCCGCUGCUGCAGGAGUGGCAGGCGCGAUGCCGCGUGCAGUAUGUGCCCGGCGCGGCGGGCGCGAGGCUUGCGCAUGUCGCUGGGCCGCAGCUGUGGCUAUUCAAGCCCGCCGCCCUGGAGCCGGGCGGCGGCAGCGCGAGCGGCAGCAGGGUGAGCGCGCCGCGGGUACGCCUGUGGCGCCACGGCCGCGGCCGCGUGUCUGUUAAUUCUGCUGCGAGGCACCGGGCGGCUGUCAAUGGCAUCACAGUCGGCGUCAGCAGCACUGGCGGCUUGAAUGGCAGGCAGUACGCCGGCGUCGGCGGCAGCACGGUUGGUGCCGAAGCACUCGACGGCGGCAGCAGCGGCAGCAGCAGCUCAGGUUCGGCCGCAGGCAGCAGCAACGGCGCGCGUGCGGCCCAGACCGCCCCCGAGCCGGCGCUGCGCGGCGCCGUGGCGCAGCGGCCCCAGCAGCAGCUGCAACGCGCCGAGCAACCCGCCCAGGUCAGGGCGUCCACAGCGCCGGCCGGGCUGGCGGGGUCGGCGCAGCCGGUUGUGUACGUCAACAGCACCAGCGGCCUAUUUGCCACUGUGACGGCUGCGGCCGCGGCGCCCGGACAGGCGUCUGCGCUGCCCGCGGCGACGAUGCGGCUGCGCCGGGAGAAUGGCGCCGGCGACGCCGGCAUGUUUUGA